CGAGCAACCCUCCAGAGCUGAGCAAUUUAUGCCACUACUACUCCUGUAGCUCUGUGCUCCUGCUCUGCUUUUCCUUGCUGCUUUCUUUGAUCUCCUCGCCACCCUCCCGAGCUGACACCCAACUCAAGUGAAGCCACUCGAGCUGCGGCGGCAAUGGCAUCCAGGGUGCUUCUCGCCGUCGCCGUGGUGGCCGGCUGCGCGGUGGGGCUCUCCGGCGCGACGAUCCACAUCGUGGGGGGCAACCACGGGUGGAACCCCAACAUCAUCAACUACACCCUCUGGUCUCGCAGCCAGACCUUCUUCGUCGGCGACCUCAUCUCGUUCCGGUACCAGAAUGGGACGCACAGCGUGUUCGAGGUGAACGAGACGGGGUACGGCAGCUGCACCAUGGACGGGGUCGCCGGCAACUGGACCUCCGGCAAGGACUUCGUCCCGCUCGUCGAGCCCCGCCGCUACUUCUUCAUCUGCGGCAAUGGCUUCUGCCAGGCCGGCAUGAAGGUCGCCGUCACCGUCAUCGACCAGGAUUUCCAGUUCCACGACCACGGGCCAGAGAUGGAGCCAGAUUGCGCUGCUGAUUGCGGCACCGCCGCUGCCUCAGUUGCCGCUAGGCUCAUGGUCACAGCGCUCGCGGUUGCCAUUGCUGCUCUCGCCUAGUUGAUUAGUGCUAGGAGCUUACCAUUAAGAUUACU